AUGGCCUAUCUCCUUCUUUAUGUGGAUGACAUCGGUCUCACCGCAUCUUCCACGGCGCUGCUCAACCGUAUUGUCUCUUUUCUUAGCAACGAAUUUGAAAUGACGGAUCUCGGAGAGCUCCAUUAUUUUCUUGGCAUCACCAUAACAAGGAACGCAUCAGGUCUCUACCUCAACCAACGAAACUACGCAGCUGAUAUAAUUCAUCGCGCCAACAUGACUCAUUGUAACCCCUGCACCACACCGGCGGAUACACGCACUAAACUUGCCGGAAUUGGUCCGUCGGUUCCUAAUCCGACCCUUUACCGUAGCCUUGAUGGCACACUUCAAUAUUUGACGACAAGACUGGAUAUCUCCUUUGCCGUUCAACAAGUGUGCUUGUUUAUGCAUGAUCCUCGCGAGAUUCACUACAAGGCCCUCAAACGGAUACUAAGGUACGUUAAAGGCACACUCGAAUUUGGUUUGCAGCUAUACCCAACCAAGACUUCCGGACUUGUAGCAUAUACGGACGGCGACUGGGCAGGUUGUCCUUCCACACGACGCUCAACCUCUGGUUAUUACAUCUUCCACGGUGAAAAUCUCAUUUCAUGGUCCGCAAAGCGUCAACACACUGUCUUACGGUCCAGUGCAGAAGCCGAGUACAGAGGCGUCGCCAAUGCUGUGGCGGAAACAACCUGGCUUCGGAACAUUCUUUUUGAACUACAUUGUCCCUUGACAGCAACCACCUUAGUCUACUGUGACAACGUCAGCGUGGUGUACCUCUCUACCAACUCUGUUCAACAUCAACACACUAAGCAUGUAGAGAUCGAUUUGCACUUUGUUCGCGAACGUAUUGCUCUCGGUACCAUACGAGUCCUCCAUGUCCCAUCAUCGCACCAGUACGCGGACAUCUUCACAAAAGGACUUCCAACACCAUUGUUCACCGCUUUUCGUAACAGUCUCGACGUCAUACCAACCAACGCUUCCACUGCGGGGGAGUGA